AUGGUGCAAGCUCCUGUGUGGGCCAUCAAAAUCGGCUGCUUCUAUGGCCUUAUAACAUGCGACACUCGUCCGGGUGUUUGGCCUGAUCAUAAGCCUCAAGUUAUUUCUUGGGAGCCUCCUCGUCCUUCGCAAUCUCAUACUACUACUGCUGCUAUUCACACCACUACUACCACUGCCCAUACUACCACUGCCCAUACUACCACUGCCCCUGUUAUUACUGCCCCUACCACCACUGCCCAUACCACUACCACAAGUAUUGUUGGUGGCUCUACUACCACUACUUCUUUGUCUAUUACUGUGACCCUUUCUACUUCUUCUCCUUUGUCUUCCGGAACUAGUGGCAUUGUUUCAUCUGUUGAGACUGUUUCGCCUACCAGUACCUCCUUCCCAUCGACGUUUGCCACUUCGACCUCUGCUUCUAGCUCUUCGAGCUCACCCGUCAACUCGCCGAGCUCCACUCCUGGCAGCUCCGCCACUUCUACUAGUGCCCCUGCAGGUGGAAGUUUGUCCUCGACGCCCGCUUCGAGCCCAAUUGCUUCUUCGAGCCCUGCUGGUUCUUCCACUGUAGAUUCUUCUUCAGCCCCUGGAAGUUCAUCUGCUCCGGCAAGCUCGUCUUUAGUUAGCUCGACCCCAGUUAGCUCGACUCCAGUUAGCUCGACUCCAGUUAGCUCGACUCCAGUUAGUUCGUCUGCUCCUGCCAGCUCCUCGACUCCUGUCAGCUCCUCGACUCCUGUCAGCUCGUCAGUACCUGCAAGCUCAACCCCAGUUAGCUCUUCAACCCCUAUCCAAUCUUCAACUCCCUUGUCUUCGAGUACUCCAGUAUCAUCGAGUACCCCAGUAAUAUCGCCAACUAUGUCUUCCACGGCGGUCUCCCUCUCGGCGAGUGCCUCCGCCACUGCUAUUAGCCACGCCACCGUUGCUGCUAAUAUCCUGGUCAUUGCCAGAGACACUGCGUCCGCUGGCGUUGCUUCUUCCGGUCUGAAUGCCUACGGUAUUCCUUUCACCACCCUGAUUGUUCCUCAAGCGGGUGUUGCUCUCCCCGCCCUGAACACUAGCACCGGAGGAAACUUCGGUGGUAUUGUCGUUGCAUCCGAAGUCAGCUAUGACUAUGGUGCGUCUGGCUUCCAGAGUGCCUUGACCACUGAUCAGUGGAAUCAGCUGUACGCUUACCAACUUUCGUUCGGUGUUCGUAUGGUUCAGUAUGAUGUGUACCCCGGCCCCAACUAUGGUACUACAGCUGUUGGUGGAUGCUGUAACACCGGCGUUGAACAAUUGAUCUCCUUCAGCGAUAUUAGCGACUUCCCCACCUCUGGACUGCGAACUGGAGCUGGUGUGAGCACUGAAGGUCUGUGGCAUUACCCGGCUACUAUCAGCAACACCACAUCCACCAAGCAGAUUGCUUCUUUUGCUGCCAACUCCGUAUUCUCAACCGAUAACACCGCUGCUGUCAUCAACAACUUCGAUGGACGUGAGCAGAUGGCCUUCUUCAUCGGCUUUGACACCACCUGGAGUGCCACUUCUAACUACCUCCAACACGCCUGGAUUACUUGGAUCACCCGUGGUCUCUACGCUGGAUAUCGUCGUGUGAACCUGAACACGCAGAUCGAUGAUAUGUUCCUUGAGUCUGAUAUCUACUAUCCCAGCGGCACUACUUUCCGUAUUCGCAAUGAGGACAUGGAUAACAUCCGUGACUGGGUCAAGACCAUCAAUGCCAAGAUGAACGCCGGCAGCUCCUACUUCCCUGAAGUCGGCCACAACGGAAACGGCAACAUUGAGAAUUCUUCAAACACCGAUGCUGGCUACAUUGCCUGCAACAACGGUGCCAUUGAGUACGACUCUCCCCCUGACACCGCUCUUGAGUUUGAGAAGCCCCUGGGUACUGGUACCAACCUGUGGCCCACCAAGCCCACCAACUACACCUGGACGACCGCCUGCACUCAGCGCGACCCUCUUUUGCUCUGGUGGACUACUCCUGCCAACCUCAAUAGCUUCGGUCAUAUCUCUCACACUUUCACCCAUGAGGAGCAGAACAAUGCUACCUACUCUGAUAUUUACAAGGAGAUCAGCUUCAACCAGGCCUGGCUGAAGCAGAACGGUCUUGAUCAGGCCACCCACUACACUGCCAACGGUAUCAUCCCCCCUGCCAUCACUGGUCUUCAUAACGGUGAUGCCCUCCGGGCCUGGUGGGACAACGGUAUCAAGAACUGCGUCGGUGACAAUACCCGUCCCGCUCUUCUCAACACUAAGAAUGCCAUGUGGCCCUACUUCACUGUCGUCUCCACUGAUGGCUUCGCUGGUAUGCAGGUGAACCCUCGCUGGGCUACCCGUAUUUACUACAACUGUGACACCCCCACUUGCACUCUGAACGAGUGGAUUGCCACCUCUGCCGGCAGUGGUACCUUCGACGACCUGCUUGCUACUGAGAAGGCCGAUACCAUGCGUCAUCUGUUCGGUCUUUACCACGAUGGUUACAUGUUCCACCAGGCCAACCUGCGCAACGCUGAUGUUGCUGCUAUCACCAUCAAUGGUGUCUCUGCCAAGUACUCCAUCUUCCAGGCUUGGGUUGAGACUCAGGUCCAGGAGUUUGUCCGCCUGGUUACCUGGCCUCUGGUUACUCUCAAGCACGCCGACAUGUCUGCUCAGUUCCUGGCUCGCUACAACCGUGAUGCCUGUGGCUACUCCUUGAGCUACACCACCAACAGCGGAAAGAUCACUGCUGUCACUGUCUCCGCCAAUGGAAACACCUGCAGUGAGACCAUUCCCGUCACCUUCCCCUCUCUUCCCUCCAACACCCAGGGCUUCACCGUUGAGAAGGUUGGCAGCGACCCCGCCACUGUCUGGGUCAAGCUCUCCGGUUCUCCCGUCACCUUCACCCUCUCUACUCCUAUCACUCUGUAA